ACUGACAUCUGAAAGGUCAAUGAAUUUUGUAAUUGUUGAGAAGAAAUAUUUAAAGUGGUGACUGUUUGUAGUGUUUUGAAAACUUGUUAUUAAUUAUGAAGCAUAUUUAAAAGUCAUGCGGUACUUGCUUCUCAGUUACCAAAUGUAUUAAAAAGUCGUUUUGCUUAUAAUUUAAAGAAUGGUAUCAGUGAUGAGGCGUUUUGUCAUAAGACUACUAAGGCUACGUAAUAUAGUGAUAUUUACACUCAUCGUUAUAUUGCUGUAUGCAAUCAGAACAGUGGCAGAUGUGAAGUCUUUAACUGAUGUUGCCAGACCUGUGCGCUCAUCCCUUAAUAGGAUAUUGUACAGUGACCAUUUUGUACCCUCCAGCUUAAAGAAAAUAGACUGGCACAAUUUUCAACAAAUAGAAUAUGAAAGACAAAGAGUGGGUAUCGGUGAACAAGGCCAUCCAGCCCACUUACAAUCAAAAGAUGCUGAAAUCGAAAAAGAGUUGUAUUCAGUGAACGGUUUCAACGGAGCAUUGAGUGACAAGAUCCCACUGAACCGUUCUCUACCAGACAUCCGUCAUCUUGGAUGCCAUAAAAGGUUGUACAUAGAGUCAUUACCGACAGUCAGUGUAGUGGUACCGUUCCAUAAUGAACAUUGGAGUACCUUAUUAAGGACUGCGUACAGUGUGCUUAAUAGAUCACCCCAAUUUUUGAUCAAAGAAGUAUUUUUAGUGGACGAUGCUAGUACUAAACCAUUCCUCAAACAGAAGCUGGAUGAUUACCUAGCGAAGCAUUUACCAAAGGUCAAAGUGAUCCGACUAAAAAGCAGGAGUGGUCUGAUAACGGCUCGGUUGGCCGGUGCCAAACAAGCUACGGCAGACGUCUUGAUAUUCCUGGACUCGCACACGGAGGCCAAUGUCAAUUGGUUACCGCCACUGCUAGAACCUAUAGCCCUGAACUACCGCACAGUGGUGUGUCCCUUCAUAGAUGUGAUAGCCUACGACACUUUCGAGUAUCGGGCCCAAGAUGAGGGGGCCCGCGGCGCCUUCGAUUGGGAGUUCUUUUAUAAGAGACUGCCCAUAUUGCCUAAAGACGAGGCGAACAUGCCAGAGCCUUUCGAGAGCCCUGUGAUGGCGGGCGGAUUGUUCGCCAUUUCGCGAGUAUACUUCUGGGAGCUUGGCGGGUACGACCCGGGGCUAGACAUAUGGGGCGGGGAACAAUACGAGCUUAGUUUUAAGAUCUGGCAAUGCGGCGGUCGCAUGGUCGACGCGCCGUGCUCCCGCGUGGGUCAUAUCUACCGCAAGUUCGCGCCCUUUCCCAACCCUGGGCACGGAGACUUCGUGGGACGGAACUACAGAAGAGUGGCGGAAGUGUGGAUGGACGAAUACGCUUCGUUCCUGUACAAGAGAAGGUCGCACUACCUGCGGAUAGACCCCGGAGACAUUUCCGAGCAGAAGGCGCUACGGAAAAAACUUCAGUGCAAACCAUUCCGAUGGUUUAUGACGCAGGUAGCAUUCGAUCUGACGGCCAAGUAUCCGCCUGUUGAAUCGAACCCGUUUGCAUCGGGUCAGAUAAGGCCCGCGACGCACCCGCAGUACUGCGUGGACGCACACCACGGACAGCAGAUGGACAAGUUGCAGAUCAAACAUUGCACCAGUGCUGCGGCCGGCGAGCAGGAAUUCACGCUGUCCUGGCACAAAGACAUCAAGUGUAAGAAUAGAAACAUGUGCUGGGAUCUACCGGAUUCUUCACCAAAGAGCCCGGUGUUGCUAUACGGCUGCCAUCUCGGCGGUGGUAACCAACUGUGGAGGUAUCACCCGGACACUCAACGCCUCAAACACAGCGCGAACGACAACUGUCUGGACUGGGACCCCUCGACGCGCAAUCUGUUCAUCAACCCGUGCACAGACACCAACACGCAGGAGUGGCUCAUAGACAAUGUAGACGCGGAGAUGAUGGCCAAGUGGGACAACGUCGCCAAGCGUAUAACGGGCCCCGUUGAGGACUAUCCAUAGAAUUAAUAAUUAUAUUAAAACCAGCUCAAUCCUAAAGUUUUUUCCCUGGGAUAGAACGCUAUGCUAUUCUGCAUCUUUCCAAUUUUUUUAUUUUUUUUUAUUUCACUACAAGUUAGCCCUUGAUUGCA